AUGAUCGGUUUUUUAACAGUCUGUAGCGAAGGAAUUAACUCAGCUGGAGGUAUUUCAUCCGUUUGGAACAAAUCAGUAUCCGGAAAACGGCUUGAUAUUUUUGAUUUCGACCCAGACCCAACAAAAAAAGACUCGUUCUGGAUAUGUACGGUGGGUCUUGGAGUUCGAUCUUUGUUUUACAUUUGUUUAUCUCAAUCGAGCGUCCAAAAAUAUAUGAGUCUUUCAACCCUUCGUCGCUGUAGAUGGUCCCUUUCACUGUCUGGCGUGUGUUGGUGUAUAGUUAACAUAUGUGCUAUUUCUGUUGGUUUAAUAAUAUAUGCUAACUACUACAACUGCGAACCUGUAAUGGACAAAAAGAUUGGAAAGAAUGACCAAAUUGUAGCUUACUAUGUAGAACAAGUUGCAAAAAAAAGAUCAGGUAUCUCUGGGUUAUUUAUGGCCGCACUAUUAAGUUCUGCAAUAAGUACCUUAUCGUCAAGUUUAAAUUCGUUAUCUGGUGUUAUUUAUAACGACUUUCUCAGAAAUUUUUCAAAGAAAUCAUUUACUGACAAAACCAAUUAUUUGGGUGAAAUUCUGCCUUUAGCCGUUGCUAUUACAGGAUUAAUAGAUGGACCGUCGUUGGGACUAUAUACCUUGGGAAUAUGCUUCCCACAAGUAGACUCUACGAGCGCCUUCUACGGAACAAUUGGAGGUGUGAUUUUCGUAUCUGCUAUCUAUUUUCCUUCAAUGUAUUAUAAACAAAAACAAGUGAUCGUGUAUCCCGCUAAGGAACUCAUUGUCACUGGCUGCAAUGUUACCCAUGAGACAUUUUCCAUAACUUCAAAAUACUCGAAUCCUUUUCAUGAAAAUUUUACCAGCAACAGCUACAACGUCGAUGGGCUAAAUGUUGUUAAUUCGACAAGGAAAUUAGAUGAUUUCAAUGCGAAUCAACCAUUUUUCUUUUUUCGAAUCUCUUAUGCCUACUACUGCUUGCUGGGAGCUCUUGCAACUAUAAUUUUGGGAUUAAUUAUAACAUAUAUUAGAAAGUGUAAAACGAAAUCUCCCGUUGAUCAAGCACGACCAGCAAGCCUACCUUUGCUGGAAAAAUAAUUGCCGCACGCAAAAUUUUUCGUCACAUUUUAAUAUAAAAGCGAAGGAUAAAUCAAAACGUUUUAAUAAUUUGUUAACACCAUCGAUCGAA